AUGAAAGGAAUAAAAACUAGUGGGAUUGUAUUCCUUUUAUUUUUUUCUAUAUUUUUAAUUAGCUCAAAUGUUAAAGCUGCUUAUUUUUAUGUAAAAGAAGGUGUAGAUAAAUGCUUUGUAGAAAGUGUAGCUAGCAAUAUUGUCAUAACUUCUUCUUAUGACAAUUAUGGGUUAAAAGAUGUUAAAUGUCUUAUUAAUAUAAAAGAUCAAAAUGGGAGAGUACUGUAUUCACAUGAAACCUCUAAAAUUACUAAAGGUAAAAUAUCAUAUUUAACAAAUAAGGAUGGAUUAUAUUAUAUAUGUAUUUCUUGUCCAUCUACUAAUUGGUUUAAAAGUACUUCAAUAAAAUGGACUUUAUCAAUUGAUGUUGGUGGCACAGAUAUCGAUUUAGAAAAUUUAGCAAAAAAAUCAGAAUUAAGUGAAACAUUAUCUAUUUUAAAAAGUUUGAAAAAAAAGUUUAAUUCCAUGAAAUUGCAACAAGGAUACCAAAAACAUAUGGCAACCAAUUUACAUGAAUACAAUGAAUCAGUUCAUAAAAAAAUGUUCUAUUGUUAUAUAACAGAAAUUAUUUUGCUUAUUCUAAUAACUAUAUAUUCAAUUGUCCACUUAAAAAAUUAUUUUAAAUCACAAAAAUUAAUGUAA